AUGGUUUCGCUUACAGGGGCAUUGGGAAUGCCUCCAUUCCGAGAGAGAUUGGGGACGGGAUGCACAAAGGAUAGCAAGGACUCCGGUAUCGAAGUACGACCAAAAGGAAAGCAGCGAAAUCGGAAUCGACAUCGAGCCCGCAUGCAAACAAGUGCCCGAAAAAAACCAAUCAUUUCGAUAGAGGAACAAGUGGUCGACUAUCGACAGGACGACGCCAGGCAGAAUGCGGAGAAUUCGAUUGUCAUCGGACUAUGGCUAAUCGUUCUCUACUUCACCAAUCGCACCUUCGGACUACCAUUUGAUAUAAUGUGGCCGGCAAGGAUAAACCACGCUGCCGUGGCUCUCAGCUAUCUCCUGAUUGGAAUUUGGGUACUGUGUGCCCUCUACUUCUACUUCAGAAAACGAAACGAGAAGAUGAGAUGGUACAAGACCUACCCAAAGACCUAUUAUUUCGCGUGGAUGGUUCAGUUGUCUGGAUUUGCAUUGUUCUGCCUUGCCACGUACCCUCAAAUCCACCGCUGGAGUCUCCUGGUCUCCAUCUUCUACUUCUCCUUCUUCGCUACCAUCAGCAACACAUUUUUGUAA